AUGUCCUCCGGACCGCCCUGGGAUUACAUAGCGAAGCUAGUAUGCAUAGGAGACUCGGGCUGCGGUAAAUCGUCGCUGACGAUCCGGUUGUGCGAAGGCCGGUUCGUGACGCACCACGAUGUGACAAUUGGGGUCGAAUUCGGGUCCCGCAUCGUACCUGUCGGGCCGCCGCACUCCGACAAGAGCGAGUUCCUGGCCGCAAACUCGACGUCAGCCCUCUCUUCUCCAGACCUCUCAUUAGACGACGACGAUGCGGCCAAGACAGCGCCGGCGAUACCGGAACCAAAUGGUCUCCCUCCACCGCCCAAGAAGCCUGUUGCAGCAGCAGUAGAACAGCUGCCUCCUCAAAAGCACAUGAAGCUCAGCCUGUGGGACACGGCUGGCCAGGAAACAUACAAGAGCGUGACGCGCUCCUAUUUCCGCGGCGCAUCAGGGGCCCUGCUUGUUUUUGAUCUGAGCCGGAAGCAGACGUUUCAGCAUGUCACGGACUGGCUUGCCGACCUGCGGCAGAUCGCCGAGCCCGACAUUGUCGUAGUGCUAGUAGGCAAUAAGGCGGAUCUGGCGUCGCCGAACAGCGCCGAGGAAGACGGCAGCGCCGGAGGCAACAAGCGCGAGGUAACUCGCGAGGAGGCCGAGGAGUGGGCGCGCCGGAACGGCGUGCUUGAGUACGUCGAGACGAGCGCCAAGAGCGGCGAGAACGUCGAGAAGGCCUUUAUGCGCGUCGCCGAGCGCAUCUACCAAAACAUUCAGGCCGGCAAGUACGACCUUAACGACCGCCGGUCCGGCGUCAAGGGGCCGAGCGCUGGCGGCGUCGGCGGCGUCGGCGGUAACCGGCCCGUCCGGCUGUCCAACGACCCCAAGAAUGUAUCGGGCGGCUGUUGUUGA